CACACACACAUUAAACUGAACAAGUGAAGCAAACACCACACCACAUUCUCUCUUCAUUGGACAUUACCUACUGGCAGAAACCACAACAAGAGCUGCUCUCACUAAUUGUCAUAGAUAUGCUCACAGGUGUUGAGCGUAAUGGUGGUGAGCGUGGUGGUGGGGAGAGUAAUGGGGAGUUCAGUCAAGCUACACCCCUCACCCACCACAUACAAACCCCACUACAACACCGUGUACUCCCCAAAGCCUCACCACGCCCCAAUCUACUCCCCAAAACCAACUUACGCCCCAGUGUAUUCCCCUAAGCCCACCUACACCCCUAAACCGAGCUACACCCCGCCUCUCUACACCCCAAAACCCACCUACGCGUCCACUUACGCCCCUCACUACACCCCUACACCGAAGUACGCUCCACCACAUCCCUCUCCUAAGCCUACCUACUCCCCAGCCCCAGCCUACAAGCCCCCACACCACCACCACCACCACGACGACUACUACUACGACGACAAGCCAGCACACUAUGACUUUGGCUACGGUGUGUCAGACAACUACCAUGGGACCACCUUCGGCCACUCUGAGAAGCGCUCCGGCUACCGCACAGAGGGCCAGUACUUUGUAGAUCUUCCUGAUGGCCGCAGGAUGGUGGUUACCUACUACAGUGACGACACUGGCUACCACCCAACUAUUACCUUUGAGGGCACUCCUACCUAUCCUGCCCACCCAUUACCUUACAAACCUAAACCAGUUCACAAGCCUGCCUACAGUCCCAAACCUCAUGCAUACAAGCCGUUAUAUUAAGGACAUUGAUGACUUUUUUGUUUUCUAUUUUCAGCUAUUUAAAUUAAAUAGAC